UUUCCUUUCGGUCCCUUAGUCGCUCCGGUAGAGACCGGCCUUACAUCCUGGGUGCGACCACCUUAACUCUUCGCUGAAAGCGCCCUCGUACUGAACAGCACUUAUUAACAAAACGCAAAACGACAACAGCCAAGCAGUGAGCAACAACAACAAUAACAGGCGGCCAUUAGCACACUAACUAGAACAAGUGCAAGUCGUACUACCAGGGUAAUGUCACUCGAAGUUCAGGGGCCAGCCCCGGCCACAAAGAAGCUCAAAACAAGCUCACCCUUCGAGGAGCUCCUGCAGAAAGCAAAGAGUUUGGGCAUGGAGUUUUCGAAGGGGGCUCUCAACGGGAUGAAUGAAAAGGACCUUUCUUCUUUCAUUCACCUAGCUGAAGAAAAUAAACGACAAGCUGAAGAAAAUAAACGACAAGCUGAAGCACUUGCACAACACUCAGAGUACUCCAUGAGUUGUCUCAUCAAAAAUACUCCGGAAAUGGCUUUGCGCUCAGUUGGUACCGAGAAUUCUCACACGGGGAAGUCAAAGCACGUAGAAGCCACAUCGAAGCAGCAUAAGAUGAAUCUCGAAAGCUUCGACAAAGUCGAUAAGUUUCCAUUCCAUGAACCAUCUUCUUUGCUUGUGAAAUUCCGGAAAAACGCAAGAAAAGCACAAAACACGAAUCAUCUGGUAGGAAGCUACCACAGUGAAAGCGAUGUCUCGGGCUGGAUCACCGCAUCACUGGAAGAUGCACAACAGCUUGCGCAAGCGGCAACUGGAAGAACCUUUCAUGUUCACCACGAAUUCAGCCUGUGGUCGGAUCGACCCGAUCAUCUUGUUCUUUAUGAUAAGGCUAGGCAAGACCCGAUUAUUGCCGUGGAAGACAAGAAACCAUUUCGUGACGGAAAGAAGAUGACCAAUCACGUUCGGGGACAAAUGUUUGACUACCUGAUGGAGUUGCGCUGCCUUGGGCAUUCCGCACCCUUUGCUGUUUUGUCCACUUUUGAGGAGUCCUGGUUGUUUUGGCAAGAUGACGAAGAGUCCAACAAAAUAGUGGAAUCGAAAGACAGACUUACAGAAGUGAAAGAUAAGCUCGGCACUGAUGCCAUCUCUCCUACCAAGCUUGUUGCAGCAGAAAAGAAGACACCAUCGCCACCGGAACUCAAAAAUGAAGUAGGGACGGCGAACGACAAUACUGGUACAGAUUCUGAUCUUCAGUCUACCUUUGAUGCAUGUUCCAGGGACAAAUUGCUUCAAACAGAAGUCUACAGCAGCAAACAGCUUGUACCGUUGUUGUACACGGCAAUAAUUUGUGGUCUUGCGCGGAAUCCAACUGCUCCUCGUGAGAACUACUCCUCCGUACGGAAAAGUUACGAUGGUAUAGCCCUACAGUUGAACAAGAGCAAAUACAACUGGGGCCAUCUUCGGCUCAGCGUGGGUUCCCCGAUUACGUUCCAGGGACGAGGAAGCUCAACAAGGCGGACAAACCGAGGGCCUUGUUCCGAGGGAAGCUUCUUUGCGAUUGAAAAACUUGGCCGUGGCGACACUUCGAAAGUCUUUGACGCCUAUGACCACAGUGGAAAACGCUGUGCGAUCAAGAUGUACAUCAAGCGAGGUAAUGUCAAGCGAGGUAAUGACGAGAAUGAAAAGCUUCAGUCUCUACAGGACUCCAAAGCAACCGGGACAGAUUCUUGCAAAAGGGAGGCCAAGCGAUUGUUAGAGUUUUAUCCUUUUUUGCAGGACGAAGUCUACUUCGAAGAGCUCAACACGUUCCCUUGCGUUGUCAUGCCCUUUUUCCGACCUUUGUCCAAAGAAGAACGACAGAAAUUCCGAUCGGAUGAGAAAUUGGGGAAGCAGGUCAGUGGUUGCCUCUCAGCAUUGGCCAAGAAGGGUUUGAAAUACCACGAAUCCGAUCUUCGUUGGCGCCACAUUGGGUAUUAUGAUGGAGGAGGAGAUACGGGAGAAAAGUUGGUCAUGUUCGACCUGGCAGAUCUGGAAGAAAUGGAAGACACAGAGAAAAAGAAGCCCGGCGCUUUUGUUGUAUCUCAAAUCGACUAUCUUUUCAAACGUUUGCCAGACUCUGAACCAGAAGGUCAAACUGAGACGAAUGGUGUACAGGAUGCAUAA